AUGGCCAGUUUCUUGGAUUACGCCUUCCCAGCUGGAGAUGAAAGCGACGCCAGCGGCGGCGACGAGUGGGACAUCGGGUGCUGUUCGGAUAAACAAUCUUCUUCCAUCAAGAAUGCUGUUGUGCCACAUGCAGGAGAUAAUAUAUCAGUGUUGAAAAAGGCCAUCAGUGAAGGAGACACUGCGACUGUUGAACAGCUGUUAGACAAUGGCAUGGACGUGGAGACCAGGCUUGGCUUUGAAUGGACUCCUCUCAUGUGUGCUGUCAGUGUGGCCAAUUACGACAUGGCCAAACUGCUACUGGGCCGAGGGGCCAGUGCCAACUUCAGCAAAGAUCAUUGGACGGUGCUUAUGGCCAGCUGCACAGCAUCCGCAAGUGAAGACAAAAUUGCUCGGUGCGUGGAGCUUCUGUUGUCCAGAAAUGCUGAUCCCAACAUGGUGGACAGGUCACAGAUGACCUGCCUGAUGCUGGCAGCAAGAGACGGCUACAGUAAAGUCACCAACCUGCUGGUGUCCCGCGGAGCACACAUCAAUGUCCAGGAUGAGAAGGGAAACACGGCUUUGGCUAUAGCAGUUCAGUACGGCAGAGAGGAGGUAGUCCUAAAGCUCCUCCAGUUGGGAGCCGACAAAACCAUAAGGACCAAGGCUGGAAAAAGCCCCGGCGACCUGGCUGUGACCUUCAAACACACACAGAUAGCCAGGAUCCUGGCCUCUUCAUCCUACAUCUCUAGUGUGGAGGCCUUCAGCUCCAUGGAGGAGACCCUUUCGAAGUUCUUCAAGACCAACUCUGAACCUCCAUCUUCCAAGGAAAGUGUAACCAAGCUUGAUGACCUUGAGCUCCUCCUACAUGGCCUCAAUCUUGGCUGCCUCGCCGACAUCAUGACUGAAAAUGACAUCACCUGGAGCCACCUGCUGACCAUGGAGAAGGAGGAUCUGGAGAAGAUCGGCAUCACAGACCUGGUGCACCAGCAGAAGGUGCUGAGUGCUGUGCAACAAAUACACAUGGACAAAGUGGACCUGGACACAGUCAGCCAACUGGCAGCUGCAGACAUCGGGAGUGAGGAGCUGCACAACUUCCUGAUAAGUGUGCGACAACAGUGCAGCUCCCUGACAGUGAUGAUUCAGGACGUCAUCAACCGUUUUCCUCACCAGGCCUCUCAGCUGGUCUUCGCAUUGGACCCGAAGAAGGAGGCCCAGGCCGUCUGCAACCAGCUGGUGAUCCAGACUAAAGACCUGCAGAAGGAAGUCACCUGCCUUCGCAAUUUGCUGUGCCAGAUGGACAAAGCCGGAGAUUGCUGUCAAAUUCCUCAACCUGGUUCCCACAGCAACUGGAGGAUGCGGCGCCUGACCAGAGUGGCCCUGAGCACACUUGGAGCCACCUUCCUCUUGCUCCUCUACAAAGCCGCUCAUGGGAGGGUUUACCUGCAGAUUGUGACUGAGGAGCCCAUCAGCGUGGACCACAUCUCAGAGCUGCGGAGCUCCGGUCUGGACGCGGGCCAAGCCCUGUCUGGUGUCAAACCAGCCUGA